CUUCAUUAUAAUGGAACUGCGGAAGGAAAGAAUUGACUUGUGAUGCUGUGGUAGUCAAUGAGUAAAACCACAGCACGCAUGAUAGCUGUGAGUCCCGAACGAGAUGCACGUGUGGCAGAACAAGCAGCGUCGCACAGGAGCUGCGUCACGGGCUGUGGUGGCUGGCGGAGAGCGGAGGGGAUGACACGUUGUGAUAGCCUUAAACAAGACUGAACUGACAACACAUGCUGCGGCAGAAUCACUGUGGUGUUGAAAGGCUGUGGCAAAACUAGGAAAAGCUGCAGGAGAUACGAACAGCAUGGAUGGGUGAAGCAAAAAGCUGUGAUAUACUGAUUGCAUACAGGCUGUUUGUGCAGGGAAUGCUGUGUGACUGUUGCAACACUGUUCUUAAUGGGCCUUGGUAAUAUGGAAGGGCCUGGGGCUUCAUCGUUUGACAGAGUUGUGGCUGGGCUAUGGCAGGGCUGUGGCAGGGGCUGUGUGACUCCGGCGGUGCACUGGGUCAUCAACACCCGCCAGCUCCGUGCCUUUGCCAGGGAGGUCGCACCAUUGAUUCUCGCUCAGUGCUGUUCUAACCUGCCCUGAGUGAGGACGUGCGCCGCUCCGCUCCUUUACUCGCUCGCUCCUGGAAAUCGAAAGAAAAUGCGCGGCUAAGGUGGCCUCCUGUGGUGCCUAGACGUCGUGUGUUCGGAUUCAGAUACCUGAAGUGACUAUUCCUGAGUGUUGGUCGGGAGCGAUGAGUCGGUGGUGCAGAACAGUGUGCCGGGCGGGCAGUGUGUCGCGCGCCCUGCCUCUGCUGGACCGCCUGCACUAGUGGUCCCCCGCACUGCUGCCACACACGCAUGCUUAACACUGCCGGAACUAUAGUGAGGAAAUCCAGCUCGACCAUGUGGCGGUUAUAGGGUCAAAGGUCACUGAGAAAACCGCGUGAGCGAUGACCUUCAGCGGAGUACGUCGCCAGGCGGGCCGGACCGUGUGAGGUUCCCAUGAGGUUGUGUGGCGUCGGCUGGGCGUCUCGAGCGAGCUAGGUGGGCGUGGCCUCAUGCUGCCUCACUUCCCCGCCCUCCUGCUCCUCCUCGUUUCCUCCGGAGGGUCGGACUUUUCUCCAUCCCCUCCUCCCCCUGGAAGGCCCCCUCAACGAGCCGUCCGUCCCCGAAGCAGCCCCCCGCCGGGCGUCCGGAGCCUGGCCGCGGCCCUGACACUCACACCCCCGCGCCACCGGAAAUUAAAGUCAGACACCAAGUUCUUUUAGAUGUGGCCGGCCACCUCCUACGUCCCUCCGGCGGCCACCAUGAAGCCUCGCCCGCCAGUCGCCCUGGGGUGCCGCGUGGGACCCACGGGGGCCUGGCGGGACAGGGGUUAUUCACCCUUCAUCUCGACAGGAUGGUUUCCAGGUCUGCCUCGGCGCUCCCAUCAGCCGAGCUAAGCACACCUUCCAUUCCCGCGCCCCCACGCCCCUGGGGAGGCUCCAGCCCCAGCGGAGGAGUCAACACUUGGGUAAUUAGUGCGGUGUCAGGGGAGCAGCAGCCUGGCCAAGAUAAUCACCACCUCGCUCACCAGACACCUUCGCCAAGCACCGCGGGAGGUUGCCUGCACCGCGACGCCCACACCAACGCUAACCAGCUAAUCUCCCACACGUCGAGGAGCGCCAGACUGCCCCGCCCCCUCGCUGAGCCGGGCCUCCAGGAUUUCCCCGCCCCUCAUGUGAACCUGCGUCACAAUAACGUUCCCUCCUCGUCUUCUAGGGACACCAGUCAUCUGUCAAGCCUUACCAGACCCUCGGGAGAACACUUCUUAAAUGAAACAAGGGUAAGCAGCCGCUCUGGCAGCAGUAGCGAAGCGAAACUGGGUCACACUACCACCGCGGCAUCGACUCGUCCACAGAAGGUCAGCCAAGAUGAUGACUCUCUGGCCGCAGACUCUGACACCUCCAGAGGGACAGCUGGCGUCCACACACGAGACACCCGCACGGGGGAUGAUCACACAGUGCCAGGCCAUAUAUCAAAGGCGAGUGUAAAAAGCUCACACGCAGCUCACUCGAAGCACGAAAUGUGGAAAGGAGGAGGAGGAGGAGGAGAUGGAGAAGAGAGAGGAAAAGACAUCGACUUCCCCGCGGCCUCACCCAUCAUCCGCCACACAAAGCCUCCCCUCUCCACUGUAUUACCGGAACACAACAGACACGCACUGAGCCUCCUGGUGAGUGAUGAGCCUGAUAGCACGUUAAUGACAAAAAACAAGUCUUUAAACAACAUUUCCCGCAGUGGAGGAAAUUCCGAAGUGUACGAAGCGGACGCGUUACUUAGCAAGACGUGGAAGAGAGGAAGCGAGGGGCCGGCACAAGAAGCACCACCAACAGCAUUAGCAGGAGCUCUUGCAGCGGAGAACGGACAGAAAAAGGCCAAGAACUCAUUAUUUAGGGUCGGCAGGGCAGACAGAGAAGCCGGCAGGGAGGGAGGCAGCCCCGGGGUCCUUCUCCAACAGCGUGAGAAACGAGAGGCAGAAGGGACGCGGAAAAAUGAGUUUGUGGUAGCUGACGCUGGAGCCAAUGAAGGUCAGUUGGACAUGGCGGCGGGCCAAGGCCAGGGCGGAGGGGCGGCGUUCGGGGAGAUAAGGAAGACAGCAGCGGCGGAAUGCAGGGAGACUGAUGGGAAUUGCGCUGCUGAGAACCGUAGACAGAAAACGCAGAAAUGGAGCCGUAUUAGGGGCCUCCCUGCGUCACCUCCCACUUGGGAUUCCCAAGGCGUGUCACCGCGGGCUGGGGGAGAGGACGGGGAUGACAGUGCAGUGGUGGGUGGGAAGGGAAGGGUGAAGCGGUGGUCGUCAGUGUUACAUUCCUACAACAAUCUCCCGCCAGGGAUGUACUCCAGAGUGUUCCCCGGCAGCUUCCCUCGCCUGUACAGCAGCUACCACCCCGCCGCAGACCCCAACAUGCUUCCCCGCGCCGAGGCACUGCAGGGUGGUGAAGAGGGAGGCGCCGGGGACACGCUGCUCCCUCGAGGCUCGCAGGUGGAUGGCAGGUACGAGAGGAAGUCAUCCCGGGCCUCAGGUGUGCACGCAGGGAGAUCGUCCUCGCGCGCCAAGGGAUCCAACAAACACGUGAAAGGAGAGCGAGGCUUCACCAAGGCUCCCCAGCAACGCCACGCCCGCAGCAGGAACAGAGCCAAGCGGAAAGGUGAGUGUUAACUGUGUCACCUGUAUAUUUUGAUUACAGUAAGACGUCAUUCCAUCUUACAUCUUCCGGCCUCAGACACUUCAGCCUCCCACCAAGUCGACUAAGGAUGGAAAACACGCUGGAGUGACCUGAACACCACAAAAUACUAUCCACGUGACCACACAAACGAUCACCACUCACUGCACAACACUCCAUUUUACUCACUGUUCAUCGCUUGCACCAUGUGGUGUGGGAUACUUUCACCACCUGAUGCACAACAGUGGGGAAGGUGGUGGGGAGACAGACUAAAACACAAGUACUCUAUAUUUCGAUUACAGUUCUUAACUCUUUGACUGUUGUAGCUUUUCCUUAAGUUUAAUAAAGUUAUCCAUCAAAA